AUGCAGCAAGCUAUGCUCCUGUGUAAUGGAGUUCAGACUCAUGUUAUGACAGAAGGCCGAUGGGUUGAAGAAGGUCUCUCUCAGACCGGUUCAAAGGACUUGGUGAUAGUCAUUCCUGGGAAUCCCGGGAUUCCCAGUUUCUAUAGCGGAUUCAUUAAAUCCUUGAAGUCGCGUCUGCCUUCUGAGACUCCUGUCUGGACUGUCGGUCACGCUGGACAUGUCCAGCCGCCUAAAAAUCUGUGCUUCAUGUCUGAGGACGAUUCUGACAAGCCAGUUUAUACUUUGCAGGAUCAAUUGGAGCACAAGGUGGCUUUUAUCAAACAAUAUGUCCCCAAGGAUGCAAAGCUUCACUUAGUAGGUCACUCCAUAGGCUCCUGGUGCAUUCUUCAAUUAUUAAAAGACCCAGAAAUAGCAAAACAAGUCGUUAGAUGUUACUUAUUAUUCCCGACAAUAGAACGAAUGGCUGAAACUCCAAAUGGAAAAUUUCUUACUAAUUUUGUUUUAAGAGCAGCAACUUUAAUAGUAUUUUUAGCCUGGAUAUUUUCAUUCUUCCCGGUGGUAUUACAAUCAAUAUUAAUCCGUAUAUUUGGAGGAUUCUUCGCUGGAGUUACUAAUAAAAGUAUAAAGCCAGUGCGUCAACUCCUAGAACCACCGGUGCUGGACAGAGUUUUCAAACUGGCCCAAGAUGAGAUGGUCAAAGUACGAGAGCGGGAUGACGAGUUGAUAAGCAAUUACGAAGAUAAACUCUGGGUGUAUUACGGCGCGACCGAUGGCUGGACUCCUCAAAACUAUUGCACUGAAUUGAAAGCAAAACAUCCUGAUAUAAAUGCCCAGAUAUGUAAACGCGGAUUUCGCCAUGCAUUUGUACUAACUGACGAGGUUGAAGUUGGUAAAAUGGUUGGAGAUAUUAUCAGUGAAACUAUGUCAAACAACCCAUAA